AUGGAGCGGCGAAGAAAACGCGAUUUGCGAGAACAGAAUAUCCGAGCUUGGAAUGGAGAGAAAGAUAUCUUCGAGGUCCAAGGCUCGCUGGACUCCAACAUGAAGAAGAACACAGCAUUCAUUAAGCGCCUCCGUACCGCACUCACUGCUGCCAACCAGGCCACGUUCCUGCACGAGAUACGCUCGCUGUCAUUACACAAAUACCUCACCGAAAUCAUCUCCGCCUGCUACGAAGGUCUGACUAAGCUGAAGGUCGCUGCGGACAUCACGGCCGGCGUUGAGAUUGUCAGCGCCUUGCAUCAGCGAUUCGGUCCAGACGAGUUCACUUCAUAUCUGGCUUGGUAUGUCGGACGCGGCCUGGCGACACCGGAUAAGGCGCAGCUCAUAGCCCUUGCGACCGAUGUUCGAGAGCGAGAGGAGAGGGAGCGCAUUGCUAGACAGCGCACGCUACUUCGCGUGGCCACGGAAUUAUGGCUCGUCGGAGUUCUCAGGAGUCUAGAGGAUAUUGCCCAGCCGGCCGAAGCUGCAAAGGGCGCCAAACCUGCCGAUACUACUUCAAAGCCUAAAGCCAACGGCAUCCGAGCAGACACGGCAGACCCAGAGCCAUUCCCACUCGAGGUUUUGAAGGAUAUGCUUGGGCAAGACCGCGAACACGUAAACUUGCCUCUGGUUGUGCUUUUCGUCAAGGCAUUUGCCUGGGAUAUACUUGGAUCCAAAGCGACGAAAGGAGCGCAGCGACUGAAGGUCGCCGAAGAUGGCGCGACAACUGCUUCGAAUGCGAACGGAGAGUCGCAGACCUCCACCGAGAACGAUGACGGAGCUGUUCCAGACCCACCACUUACUCCACCUGCUAUGCAGGAACGCUUCCGUAACAUCAUGCAGCGUUACUUCGACGAUGUGAAAGCUCACAUUGUCCGCGAUCAGGAACGUCUUGCGAACCAAGGGAAGCGCAAUGCUGAAGCGUAUGUCAAGUCGGGAGAAGUCUUUGAGGACAGGCAAGCGAACUACGACAAGGCCGUCAAGGCUCAAGAGAAGCUCGUGGCCAGCGCUCAAACGCUUGCAGAAGUUCUGGGUGCGGAGAUGCCAGACCUGUCUGAGAAGGACACUGCGAAUGCCGGAUUUGAGGGCAGCGUUGGACUUGUAAAGACCGGUGAAUACCUUCGUGGCCAGAGUGAAGGUGCUGGUAUCUGGGAAGACGAAGACGAGCGUCGCUUCUACGAAAAUCUCACGGACCUGAAAGACCGAGUUCCCGGCAUUCUUCUUGAGGACGGCAAGAAGAAGAAAGACGGAAAUGAUGAACAGGUUGGCAAGAAGAUUGAUGAAUCAAAUGACUCCAAAGACAAGCCGGCUGAGAGUGAGGAGACAUCUACUGCAAUCGCGAACAAGACUGUGGGAGCGCAGGUCGAUGCGCUUCUCACAAGACUGCACGAACUCACAACCAAGGAUCAAGUCGAUCAGUUCGCAAUUGACUUCUGCUUUCUGAACUCGAAAGCUUCGAGGAAUCGGUUGAUCAAAGCUGUUGAAGACGUACCAAAGGGCAGGACCGAUCUCCUUCCGCUGUACGCACGUCUCAUUACGACCCUUGGCCGCUAUUUGAACGACAUCCCAGAGGCCAUGAUCAAGUACCUUGACGAUGAGUUCCGAAGCUUGCAGCGUCGCAAAUCGAAAGACUUCCUUGGGCAAGUGCGCAUGGUCAACAUCCGCUACAUCGCUGAACUCACCAAGUUUGGAGUUGUUCCUGAGCAUGUCAUCUUUCACUGCUUGAAAGUUAGCCUCGACGACUUUUCCAGGAUGAACAUAGAGGUGAUAGCAAACCUCCUUGAGAAUUGUGGAAGGUACUUGUUGCGCAAUCCAGACACAUCGCCGCGCAUGACUUCGUUCUUAGAAACGCUACAGCGCAAGAAGGCAGCGCAGCAUCUCGGCCAGCAGGAGCGUAUGCUGAUUGAGAAUGCUGCUUACUACGUCAAUCCACCAGAGCGUGCAGCGAUUCAGCAAAAGGAGCGUACAACCCUUGAUCUCUUCGUCCGCAAGCUGGUAUACUCGGACCUCAGCAAGAAGUCUUUGGACAAGGUUGUCAAGCAGAUUCGCAAACUACACUGGGAGGAGUCUGAAGUCGUGGACAUCCUACGCAAGAUUUUCGUCAAGCCCGGCAAGAUUAAGUUCGGCAACAUCUAUUUGCUGGGCAUGAUGCUUGCUGCCCUUUGGCGCUUCCAUACGAGUUUCGUCGUCACGGUUCUGGACGAGCUGCUGGAACGUAUGACCGUCGGCCUUGAAGUCAAUGACUUCAAGUACAACCAGCGACGCAUUGCAGAAAUGAAGUACUUGGGCGAGCUCUAUAUGUACCGCAUCACCUGCGGACACUGUUUUGAGAAGGGCGCCGCAAAGAAGAAGCUCGACUUUUACCUUUCCUUUCUGCAGUAUUACAUCAAUGUCAAGGACCCACUACCGAUGGAUAUUGAAUUCGUGGUUCAAGAUACUUUUAAUCUACUUCGGCCACAGUGGAAGCUGGUCCUAGGCGACCUCCCUGAAGCGAGCCGGGUCUUCUCUGAGGCCUGCAAGCUGCAUUACCAGACCACUGCAUCGAACCAGGCUCCAGAACCGGAAGAGGCCGAAGAGCUGGAGGCCGAAGGCAAUCUUUCAGGUGAUGAUGGCGAAGAGGACCCUGCUGAAGGCGAGGAUGCCAACAAGUCCGACAGCGAUGAUGCCAAAGUACAAGGUGAUGACGACGAAGUACGAGCUAAUGAGUCUGACGAAGAAGAGCACAUUGUGGUGACUCGACCAGAAGACCAAAGAGACCCAGAAGCAGACGCCGAUUUUGACCGCGAGCUUGCCAAGCUCAUGGCAGAGAGUGUUGACUCGCGCAAGUUCGAGCGCAAAACGAUGUUCGAUGUUCCGCUUCCCAUGCGUCGCAGUGUUCGCGACGCCACUACUACCGCUGCUGAAGAUAGCGGUGGUGAGGGUCAAGCACCUGCGCCGACGAAUGGAGUGGGCACGAUGAAGUUUGCGCUUCUCAGCAAGAAAGGCAACCGCCAGCAGACCCGAUCGAUCGACCUGCCUUCCGACUCCUCCUUUGCCGUGGCGAUGCGCACUCAGCAGCAAAAUGAGCGUGCCGAGCAGCAGCGAAUCAAGAAUCUCGUGCUCAAUUACGACCUUACAGACGACCAAACAGAUGGUGAUUCACCCAGCUUUCAUUACGUCAAUGCUUCAAACAACAACGUUCGACUUGUCGGCGGCUUCGAAUCCCUGCGUGGCGCACCACGAUACGAUAAGGCAGGAAAUACUCGCAGCAGACAGCGGGCGAGAAAGUUACAGUUGGGAGACAUCGACUGGUAUGGCAACCGCUCUACUUCUCCGACCUACUGCCUCGAUCAACCCAAUGCCGACUGCGACUACGACCACGAGCUCGACCUCGACCACGAUGUCGACGAUGGAGACGAGAAAGAGUAUGAAUGCGUGCUGGAGACAGCAAAGGUAAGGACGACACACGGCGUUCCAAGAGCAAAGCUCGGGCGUGACAAGCAAAGAAGGGGGAGGUAGAGAACGAGGCAGUAUGGGAAUUCGAAGUCCAGAGGCAGACAGGGAUUGGAGAAGCAUGAAUUGCGCGAGCACCCUCACUUCGGAGCAGAGCAGAGGCGAUGAGGAAGUUUUCAAGAAUGCUUUAGCUCCCGAGGAGAGAUGGAUGGGGGCGAGGAGAAGAAAUGCUGACCGCAGUCACUCAUUUGCAUGCUUUCCUAGAGUUACAAGUUUGAAGUAGCGAGAGAACAAAGACCAAGAUUGGUGGAG